AUAGCGACCGAGCUUGACUACGGGGGAGAACCGCACACAGCCACUUAAAGGAGAAGACAACAUUUGGAAACAAAUGAGGAAGAAACUCGCUACUUUUAAAAGAAAUUGCCGAAAUGCUGUGGAAGUGAUAUGAAUGCAUCGACAAAACGAGAAGAUACGGAAUACGUGUGUGUGGAGUAACUGUUUGCGUUGCCUAUAUAACGAGCUUUUGGGCUAACAAGCUAGCACAGUUGUCGCUAAAACAUGGUGGGCAGUCACUGAGCGAAAAAACCUUCUAGACGCGCUGAAAUACUUGUGGAUAAUGCUGGAGAAUUAAUUCGUUUGCUGUCUUUACUGCUCGGAGGGAAUUUUGUGGACUUUGAAAUUACUUUUUGGUUUUCUUUUCUUGGAGGAAAACUCUCGCGCACGACCUUUGAAAGUUUCGCGAGUUAACCAUCCAUCAGGCUCCGCCAGAAAAGAUGACUGAUUGAUGUAUUGCGUACUUGACCGAGAAUGCACAAGAAACGAAGAGUUUCUCACCAUAAGCGCAACUCUUGCGGCAAAGUUACCCGAUUCAGAGCAUCACACCCUCAUUCAUUCAUUCAUUUAACAACGUUCGCUCUUGAAAACAAUGCCUAAUAUAUAGGCUGCAGGAACUGAACUGGAAUAUUGGAAACCGUAUCAUGGAUUAUAUGGAAUACAUCUCUGUGGCUAAUUAAUGGCACUUUCCUUAUGCGUUAGGUUUAAAUUUGGACUAGUCCAUGAAAAGCAACACACGGUUUGCUUUCAAAUCAAUUUAGAAGACUUACAGAGAAAAUUACAUGGAGACUAGUUGGUCAUGCCAAGGAAGGAGUUACCAUUGCCAGAGGGUUGGGAAGAGGCCCGAGAUUUUGAUGGGAAGGUCUAUUAUAUAGACCAUAUUAACCAUACCACCAGUUGGAUUGACCCAAGGGAUAGGCAGACUAAGCCUCUGACUUUUGCCGACUGUAUUGGAGAUGAGCUGCCCGUGGGAUGGGAGGAGGCCUACGACCCCCACAUUGGAGCCUAUUAUGUCGACCACAAUACCAAGAGCACCCAGUUGGAGGAUCCGCGGGCCCAGUGGCAGCGGGAGCAGGAGCUCAUGUUACGGGAUUAUCUGAAUGUGGUUCAGGAAGCGUUGAGCGCCCAAAAGGAGAUCUACCAGGUCAAAGAACAGCGACUUCACCUGGCCCAGCAGGAAUAUCGGCAGCUAAAUGAUGCUUGGCGGGACAAGUCGUCCUCACAGACUAGCUUAAAUUCCAGAUCCUCAUCAAGCAGUAAAUAUGACCCUGACAUCCUCAAAGCGGAGAUUGUUACAGCAAAAAGCCGGGUAAAUAAGCUGAAGAGAGAUUUGGCCUGUAUGAGGCAAGAACUCCUUUAUAAGGAGCAAGGCUUUGAGACAUUGAAAGAAAUUGAUCACAAAGUGUCCAGUGCCUCACAUGGCUACAAACUGCAUGAAGCCCAGGCCAUCCUGAAGGAAGUGAAGACCAUUAAAGAUGCCAUCAGCUCUGGGGAGAAGGAGAAACAGGAGCUCAUGCAGAAACUGGCUGUGCUGAAGGAUGGUUUCCAGUUAGAUUAUGGCUCUCAGUCUGACCUGUGGGCCAGCAAUCCGUCCUUGGCCAACUCAAACCUCUCUCUGCCCCGCCUCUACUCAGACGCCGAGUCUCAAACAGACAUACCUGCUGAGUUUGUAUCAAACUCAAAUAAACUGGCUGAGAAGGUACGACUGAGCCUGAAAUAUGAGGAGGCAAAAAGAAGGAUUGCAAAUAUUGAGGUCCAGAUUGCCAAGCUGGAUAGCGAGGCAUGGCCAGGCCUUCUGGACCCGGAGAGAGAUCGCCUGAUCCUCAUCAACGAGAAGGAAGAGCUGCUAAAGGAACUGCAGUAUGUAACGCCAUGCAAGCGCGCACCCUGCGAGGCAGAGAAGAUCGAGUCUGAAAAGAAGCGACUCGAGAAGGACCUGCAAGCUGCACGGGACAACCAGAGCAAAGCACUGACCGAGAGGUUAAAGCUGCAUUAUAGAAGAAACAAACUAGUGAAGGAGCUGGAAGAGACUGUGAGGUUGGCAUCUUCCCUUCAUACCCAGCUGAAAAGUCUGUCAGCCAGCACGCUGUCAUGUUCCUCAGGCAGCAGCCGUGGAUCGUUGACUUCCAGCCGAGGAUCCCUGGCCACCUCCAGCUUGGGCUCCACUUCCUCUCUCAGCUUCACAGACAUCUACCUGGAGCAGCCCGAACUGGGCGACCCUGACUUCCAGAACAAACUGGACUCUAUUUUGCAGGAGGGAAGCACCUCUGGCUACAGGCCCUCCAGCUCCAUCACCACCAUCCAUGAGAACGAGGUCUCGUCCUCCUCCAGGCAAGUCGGCAGUGGGCCGGGGGUGGGCCAGAGAACCCAAGUACUGCGGCUGUCAGAGACACCUCACUCCAUGAGCUCCCUGUCCCCACGUUCCUCGCUGUCUUCCCUCUCUCCUCCUUGCUCACCCCUUGUUACCGAUGCUUCCUUCCUGUCGGGAGAGGCCUUCUCUGGUCCUGCCUCACAGUUGGAUUUAGAUCUGCAAACAAGGCUGAUGGAACUACGGUUAAAAGAGGACCACCAACAGGGUGCAGUAGAGUCUUUGAAAGAUGCUGUUACGCAAACAAGGAUGUCUGGGCCAGGAUCGAAGAAGGCAGGAGUAACGUCAGCAGUGUCUGACGAAUCAGUAGCAGGUGAUAGUGGGGUAUACGAGCCCUCAGAGAAAAGGUCGGGGCUUCCUGUUGAGCAACAACUGGGCUAUGAUGACGGGAGCUCAGCAAGCAGUGCUCAGAUCAAACUCGGCCUGAAGUAUGAAGCGAAAGACAAGAGGUUCACAGUGUUCGUAAUGCAGCUCUCCAACUAUAGCGCACUCUCCCUGCCAGCCAACCAGAACAUAUAUGUCCGUGUGGUGGUACUGCCGUGCUCAGAGCCCAUUCGCUGCCUGUUCCGCACCCACGGGGCUCUGCCGCAGGAACCCUUAGAGUUUAAGGAAGCGUUUAGCCUGCAGUUGUCCUCCGUUGCUCUCAGACAGAAGACUCUACGCAUUGAUGUCUGUAGCACCAGCAAGGCUGGUCGAGAGGACUGUCUAGCUGGUGCUCCCAGCACCUCAGAGGGCACUGUUGCACGCCUAGAGAACGCUCCUCUGGAGGACUGCCCCGCAGAGGCUUUGGAGGGUGAUGUGUUUGUGGAUGAAGAAGGUAGUGAUGGUGAGGAGGAUGAGGAGUUCUACCCCGAUGACUGCCAGUGGGAACAGGAGGAAGAGCCAGUUAAACCUGGACCAACAGCAGUCAUAACGGAAAAGGUGAAUAAACAGACAAGUGUGGACGGUCUCCCGCAUUCUGCUUCGGUCGUUCGGCCCAAGGAGCGGCGACAUGAUGUCCAUCAGCAAAACCCUUUUAUGCGAGGAAACACCAUCAUCCGGUCCAAGACAUUUUCCCCUGGACCUCAGAGCCAGUAUAUAUGCAGGAUCAACCGCAGCGACAGUGACAGCUCCACCCUGUCUAAGAAAUCUCCCUUCGUCCGGAAUGCCUCAGAGAGACGCAGUGUUCGAAUGAAGAAGCCACAGAUGCAGGUCAGAGGUCUGGACGGGCUCCUGCGCACCUCUCUGGAUCUGGAGCUGGACUUGCAGGUCACUCGCACACGGCACAGCCGACUGAACGAGGAACUGCGUGUGCUGCGGGAGCUAAAGGAGCAGUUACAGAGCGCCCGGCAACAGGGCCAGCAUGUCCUUCCCUCAUGGGUGCAGGAGGAUGAGCGCUUUCGUCUGCUGCUCAAACAUACAGAGAGACAGACCCAUGAAGAGCAGCUACAGGAACAGAGGGUAGAGAAGAUGAUGCGAGCAGCAGCCAAGGAUGUGCACAAGAUUCGUGGACAGAGCCUCAAGGAGGUUCCUGGGGUCCAGUCCUUUAGAGAGAAGAUGGCCUUCUUCACCAGGGCAAAGAUAAACAUUCCUGACCUACCAGCUGAUGACGUGUAGAAGAUAUCCAUCUUAACUGCUGUUUCCAUGGAGACAAAACUGACAUCUGGCGGUAUUAGGAAGAAUGAAGAACGGUGUGACAGGAAAAUGUAUGUUGGGCAGGAAAAAUGUAAUUUUAAAACACUGGGUUUUAACUCUCAAAACUGAAAUUGUAUAGAGCCGUGUUUUUUUGUUUGUUUGUUUUUUUAGAUAGAUUUAUUUUUUAAUUUCACCAUGUUCUGUUACUAAUAAGAGUAUGUCCGUAUCUGUACUAGGUAUUUUACUGGUCAUUCAAAAACACCAGUUCGUCUUUGAAACGAGCUCUGCUAAUUGGGCAGAACUGCUUACUGUAACUCUUGAAGAUGUGAAUACAGAUACUUUAGGGUACUACUUCUGUUCAUAGCACAAGGGUUCAGGACAAAAUGAAUGGGCAUAAAUCCUGUUAUUCCAGUCACGUCCCUCUAAAACAAGCACAUCUGUCCACAUUUAUGUUCAACAGUUGUUGUUGUUUUUUUGCAAAUAUGUAAACGGUUACAGAUGUUAGCAAGCAUGAAUCUAAAGCAUGAGUUAAUUAGACCGGUUAGUAGACUAAAUUGAUUGCUAACAGUUCUCCAUGUUCGUUUUGUUAAUUGCACAUGCAAACAAGACACAUGUUAGUGCAAAUGUUCGUAAAAUGAUGUAGAAACUGCACUUAGUUCCACAAACUCUCAGGUAGAAUAUCAGAUAGUUCAUGCACUUUAAUAGAAAAAAGGCAUCGAUAUAGAGAAUUAAGCAAAAAAGCACAUUGUGAACGCUAAGAUCGUACUAUCCCAUAUACUAGCUCUUGUUGCAUCUUUGGAAAACUUUAAGUGUCUUUUUAGGUUAUAUUAACUUUCCAGUCUAGUUCCUACAGUAGCAUGUUCUAAUAGUGUUUAAUUUCUACUGGUUUGGAUCUCUUCUAAUCUAAAACCCCCCCUCACAACCGUCUACAGGUUUGCUCUAGACUACAAACUUGGCUUUGUAUGUAACUAAUAAACUACUGAACACAAACGGUAGCAUCAUUUCAUUUACAUCAAAGCCAGUAUCUUAACAAAACUUAUUUUAAUUGCUACCUACCAGUACUAGAAGAGUCUUUGGUGUGUUGAAUCUCAAAAAAAUCUUAUCAUAUUUCACUCCAUAAACAAAAGAAAUAUAGGAAAUUAUAUUUUGCAUAAAAUCAAUAAAAUGAAUUGAAAUGUAAGAUUAUUUUGAUGAAAAUCAAGCACAUUUUGUCUAAGUUCUUAAUACUGUAAGGUGAAGGAAAAACUCAUUGCCGUUAUGCAUUACUGUAAUGAUAAUAAUUUUUUUCUCUCGUUACUAUUUUUUUUAUGAUUUAAAAUUAAGUACUAUCAUAAUGUAUAGCAAAUUAGUUCUUUGUUGUUUUAUACAAUAAUGAGAAAAAUGCCUUUCAGUAGAUUAGUACCUGAAAACAAUCCAAUCAAAUCAAAAUCCUUAAUGGCCAUAAAAAAGGUGUCAUUUUAUUUGUAAUUCCUAAUUGUUCGUCUUUUGAAUUUGGAGAAAAAUAUGACCUGGAUAGUUUUUGUGAGAUUGAACCAUUUAAGAACAGUGCGUAUCAUUGCUGCGGCAAGAAAACGUCAACACAUCUAAGGCACUGAAAGCUGUGAAGGCACGCAGUUUAUAAUUCCCAGCUCUCCCUGUAAACACUUAAUAAUGUAUUGCACGCCACUGCAGAGAUCCGUUUCUGUAACAUUUGGAGACUCCUCAUAUGGAGGGAGUCACUGGUGAUUUGCAUUAUGUAAAUGAGCACUCCAUCCAUGCUAAUCUAAAAUAUUGAUUUUCACUAAACUCUUCAUCUACAUGCAAAAUGUUCAGUUAAAUCCAAUUUUUUGUAAGUAUCUUGAUAAUAGAUGACUAUGAAUAUUACUACCAUGUCAUUAAAACCCCUUUUGAACAAUAGCUUUGCAUCACAGGUCAAGAUGUUAGUCUGAAUGUAGCACUUUAAAAAAAAAAAAAAAAAGCCCCAGUUGAUGCGACCCUUUAUUUGAUACUGAUUUACAUUGUACAUAAUGUUGGCCUAAUUUAACCAGUUAUGAAUGGUAUUACCUGCCCAAUUCCAUGGAUUUUGCUCACGUUUAAAUGUUACGUGAAAUCUCCAGUUGAUCUACACCUUGUUAGGCUAAGAUGCUCUUGACAUCUUUGUUUUGCAUUGUCUCAGUUCCCCUGCUGGCAUGCCUUCCCAUGUAGAGUUAUGUUCUUAAUGAGAUCCUCCUGUGCUUCAGUAUGUUUUUUUCCUAAAGGAAAUAUUGAAUGUACUGUCCUUGGUUCAACCUCAGAUCAACUACUAUGUCAUAGGAAUUGUAGUAGCAAUAUUUCUACUCUCAUUCUAUUGCAUAAAUGUACCCGUAUGGACUAAGCAGGCGAUGAUAUGCUCCAAAAUGAUACCACAAUGUUUGAAACUAGUGUGAAGUCUGGAAUGGAUGGUCCAGAAGCCCUCCUUCAUCUGCAAUGCACAUAUGCAUAUGGCCUAGUCUCUUGCUCCACCUAGUGGCAAACAGACAGUGAGUUGAACUUGUACUAUAGCACUCUUGUUAUGAAACCCUAAUUUCUCCUCCAUUGUGAUUUUGCCUAAAAUUGAUUUAGGGGAUGGAGAUUGUACAUUUAUUUUGAUGCCGCCGCAUUAUAAACGACAUCUAAGACCCAACCGAAAUGCUGUCCCAAAGCUUUUAGCCAAAUAUCUAAUUCAAAUAGAAGCAUCAUAUAGCUUUCACUUUAAAGCCAUUGUAAAGUGCUGUUUAACUUAGUUUAUGAGAGUGCAAACAUUUCUUUGACUUUUGUUUCUCUUCUUGAAUGUGUUAUUUCCGCAGAUUAGACCCAGUUAAGACAGUACACUGCCAAACGUAGAGUACAUCCCAGCGUAGUUUGUUAAGCUGCUGCGUGAUGCACAUUUUUCUCACAUUGGCAUUUUUAAUCAAGGUACUUUUUUAUUAUUAUUUUUACCCGAACUUUUCAGAUUUACAGCUUUUAUGAAUUUACAGUUAUUUGAAUGUGAGAGAAACAAUAGGUCCCCUUUAAAGUUGACCCCUUGAAACACUACAGUUGAUCUCAUUCUGAGAGUACUCGAAUAAUAGACAAUGUCUAAUGUUUUCACUGGUCGUACAGUAUCUACCGUUCACAGUAUGUGUUGAUUAGGUGCUCUUAACUAUCAAUUUUGAGGUUCAUAAGGACAUAAUAUUUGGCUUUUUUAUUUGGACGCUUGGGCCAAUCAUGCAUAAAUCAUGUAAUACUUGCUCAAAAUAAUCACAAAGAAAUAAAAGAAUGCUGUCAGUAUCUGAUGCUGGUAGUCAUGAAUGAUUCAUCUGUUUAUUGUUCACAGUAGGACUUUUAUUUCGAAAACUCCAGUGCAUAUAUUUUUUUCAAAGAAAUCUUGUAUUAAUGAUGGAAAAAGAACCUGAUCUGAUCACAGAGAUGGUUGGAGAAGUACAGCUUGUAUUUAUUGCACUUUUGUGAUUUGGGUGUGCCGUCUUUCUUUUUCUUGUGAGACUUCUGAAAGCUGUGAAUUUUAUCAUCGACACUGUACUUUCAACCAGAAUUGUAAAUAUAUCACCAGCACAAUAGUAUGUCAGU